AGAUUAUCCAAUUAGCUCCGUCGCCUUUUAGCUUGUGUAUAUAAGCGCUGUGCAUACCGCUCUUGAGGUUUAUCUGCACGCCGCUGAAUGCUGCUCAGCUCACAUCGAGUUCUUGAAGAUACGUACGCUGCUAUUCUUGAGAGCUAGCUAGCUAGAAUUCGAUGGGUGAUCUGCAAAUCGUGCUGGCAGGGGGGACGAUCGAAGCGCAGCACGUGGAGAUGAAGGUGCCGCUCUACUCCUACGGCUGCGAGAAGAAGAUCAAGAAGGCGCUGUCGAAUCUCAAAGGGAUUCACUCGGUUCAGGUGGAUUACCACCAACAGAAGGUGACGGUGUGGGGGAUAUGCAACAGGAACGACGUGCUGGCGGCCGUCCGGCGGAAGCGGCGAGCGGCGCGGUUCUGGGGCGCCGACCAACCGGACCUGGCCGGCGAGGACGCUAGGUUGGGGGACGCCCCGAAGCACUACCUGCGGGCGUUCGCCGCGUACAGGACUAGGAAGUCGUGGAAGAAGCUCUUCCCCAUGAUCCGGCUGUAACAGCAGCAAGCGGCGAGCGUAAUGCUUUGUUAGCGGGUGCUGCAUGCAUGCAUGGGCCGCGUGCGUGUUGCAUUGCAGGAAUGGCCGGCAGUUGCAGUACCUUGAUACAGUAGCGCAUGAUGUUACAUAUCGAAUAAAUGUGCUCUGUUUUGUCUUGAA